AAGGGGGCACAUUAGAGCCAAUAACUCAGGCCAGAGGCAGCAGGGCGUCUCUUAAUAAGAAGGACUGGUAGAGGGGACGGACCUACUCUAAAUAUGGAAGGGGAAAUAGAAAGUAAAGUAGUAUAUCAAAUGUCUAAAUAACUGUCUUUUGAAGGAAACAGCCUGCAAGGGUUUUACCAGCUGGUGGGAUAAGGAAGGACUGACACGCCUCACUCCUGCUGGUGUCAGACAUCUGGAACAAAAAAAUAAACUGCCGUUAACUGAGGACAUCUCUCUCAACAGCCUGUAAAACUUCUACAUCUUCAGCCUCUACUCUUGUCGACUGUUAUUGCAUCCGAAGUAUCCACCUCCAGCCAUACCACAAGUACCACAACCAAGCAGCAGCCUGGUCUUAUCAAUGUUUAAUAGCUUCUUAAUGGCCACUGAUGUUUCAUUUUGAUUUAUGAUUGAGCAUUGAAGCCAUUACCACCUUAUAUCAGAUUUACAUCAGAGCCACAGUGCUUUAUGUAAAAGCUUUUGAUGCAAUAGGUCACAGUUGCCUCAUUAAUUAUUGACACAUCCUAACAUCUUAUUGUAGUUCAGCACAUACAAAAAUCCAGAGUGACAGUUGACCCUUCGCUGUGAACUCCUCGAGCUCAGCAUGGUGGAGGAGCAGAUUUACGCCACAGGCAUGGCCUACAGGCUGAGGAGCCAGUGGGAUCGGGAUGAAGGUCUGGGACAGAACCACAACGCGGUGAAGUUUCUGGGUCAGGAUUACGAGUCUCUGAAAGCCCAGUGCCUCCGGAGCGGGAAGCUGUUUGAGGAUAGCCUGUUCCCGUGCGCCGCGUCGUCCCUGGGGUUCAAUGAGCUCGGACCGAGAUCCUCCAAGACAUACGGAGUCCGCUGGAUGAGACCUACGGAGUUCUGCAAGCGGCCUGAGUUCAUCGUAGAUGGAGCUACUCGCACAGACAUCUGUCAGGGAGCUCUGGGCGACUGCUGGCUGCUAGCAGCCAUCGCCUCGCUGACCUUAAACGACAACCUCCUCCACAGAGUGGUUCCCCACGGUCAGAGCUUCCAGCAGGGAUACGCUGGCAUCUUUCACUUCCAGUUCUGGCAGUUUGGCGAGUGGGUGGAGGUGGUGAUCGAUGACCGGCUGCCGGUGAAGGACGGGAAGCUGCUGUUUGUCCACUCGGCAGAAGGAACCGAGUUCUGGAGCGCACUGCUGGAAAAGGCCUACGCCAAACUGAACGGCUGUUAUGAGGCCCUGUCAGGUGGCAGCACAUCAGAGGGCUUUGAGGACUUCACGGGCGGUGUGACGGAGAUGUACGAGCUGGUGAAGGCCCCCUCUGACCUCUUCAGCAUCAUCAGGAGGGCCAUAGACAGAGGAUCACUGCUGGGCUGCUCCAUUGACAUCACCAGCUCACGAGACAUGGAGGCCGUGACGUUCAAGAAGCUGGUGAAGGGACACGCCUACUCUGUGACUGGGGUGGAUGAGGUGGUGUACAGGGGAAAUAUGACCAAGCUGGUUCGCAUCAGGAACCCCUGGGGGGAGGUGGAAUGGACCGGAGCCUGGAGUCGACAAUGGGACAGCGUGGAUCGCUCUGUCAGAGAACGGCUACAAAACCGCAGCGAGGAUGGUGAAUUCUGGAUGUCGUUCAGCGACUUCCUGCGCGAGUUCAACCGCCUGGAGAUCUGCAACCUGACGGCCGACGCCCUGCAGCACAGCCAGCUGAAGAAGUGGAGCUCCUCGCUCUACCAGGGAGAAUGGAGGAGAGGCAGCACUGCUGGAGGCUGCAGGAACUACCCAGCAACCUUUUGGCUCAACCCUCAGUUCAAGAUCGUGCUGCAGCACCCAGACACUCCAGGCCAAUCAGAAUGCAGCUUCCUGGCUGCCCUCAUGCAAAAGGACCGCAGGAAGAAGCGGCGAGAAGGCAAAGACAUGGAGACCAUCGGGUUCGCUGUCUAUGAGAUUCCAAGUGAGUUUGCGGGCAGGUCGGGGGUCCACCUGAAACGGGACUUCUUCCUCACCCACGCCUCCAGCGCUCGCUCCGAGCUCUUCAUCAACCUGAGGGAGGUCAGCUCGCGGCUGCGGCUGCCGGCGGGGGAGUACAUCAUCGUCCCCUCCACUUUCGAGCCGCACAAAGAGGCCGACUUCGUCCUCAGGGUUUUCUCCGAGAAGCCCGCCGACUCUGAGGAGCUUGAUGACGACGUUGUAGCGGAGCUUCCAGCAGAGACUCAGCUAGAUGAGAGUCAGAUCGACGCAGGCUUCAAGAAUCUCUUCAGACAACUGGCGGGGCCGGACAUGGAGAUCAGUGUCACAGAGCUGCAGACCAUAUUGAACAGGAUCAUCAGCAAACAUAAAGACCUGAAGACAGACGGCUUCACCAAAGAAGCUUGCCGCAGCAUGAUAAACCUCAUGGACACUGACGGCAGUGGAAAGCUUGGUCUGACGGAGUUCCAUGUCCUUUGGGAAAAGAUCAAACGAUACCUGACCAUAUUCAGGCAGUUUGACUUGGACAAAUCAGGCACCAUGAGCUCCUAUGAGAUGAGGAUGGCUCUUGAAUCAGCAGGUUUCAAGCUGACCAACCAGCUGUUCCAGCUGAUCAUCCUGCGCUACACGGAGGCGGACAUGGCUGUCGACUUCGACAACUUUGUCACAUGUCUGGUCAGACUGGAGACAAUGUUCAAAACCUUUAAGACCUUGGACACAGAUGGAGAUGGUCAAAUAUCUCUCACCUUCUUUCAGUGGAUUACCCUGACCAUGUUUGCCUAGAGAUGUGAGGACUCCUUUGUGACUUUUGCACUGCAUCCUGCUGCAGCUCCAGGCCCAGUAUCUGUAGUUUCAGAAGUGCCUUUUCUCCUCCAGUUCUUCCUCUCCUCUGCACUGCUCGCUGCUGAAGCCCGCUGCUGGAAACAUGUGCCAAUCUUUAAUAUGUCACCUGUUUUUGCCAACAGAAGGACGCUCUCUUCUUCUAGCCUGUCUGUCACCUCUGUGGAGAGAGUUAGGCAGACCGUUUUUAGCUAUACAAAUCAGGAAGCAGAAAUAAUCUUAUUGGUUUAAUCUCUGUGGGUGGAGACACAAAAUGUAUCAAUAUGUGUUUUGCUUGGCUGAGAAAUGUGCAAGCUAGCCAUACAUUUUUCCACAGUUGCUGCAUUAUCCUAGCAGUAAUUUACAUUUAAGAAUCCUAGCUUUACUAGCUUUUAGCUAUUUGUUUUUAGAGGACCAAACCUGACUGAUAAAAAAAAUAAUGAAUGAAUUAAAUAACCAAAUAAUUGUAAUAAAAAUAAUAAUAUAAACAUGCACAAAAUGCACAAAGAAAGUAAGUCAGCUGCAUUAUUUAUUUUUCCUAUAGCAGGAUUUCUGUCCAUCAACAGAAUUAAUAUUUAUUUUUUAUGAGCUAAUUUUACCUUAUUGAUAUGACAUGAUUUAUUUAAGCUUUUAAAUGAGACCUAAGCUAAGCUAAAUUAAGCUAAAUUAAUAAAUGGUCAUGAAGGAAAAAACUCAAUAAACGUUUUUGUUCGUGUCUCAACCACAGUUUGAUUUUGGGUCAAAUGAAUUCCCAAUCAGGUUACCUAGCACUUGGAAUUGGGCUCAACCAAUAACAUUAUUUUUGCCUCCUUUUAAUCUACAUAGAAACCAAAUCUCUCAACUGCAAGUUUCGGAUGGUCAUUAGGAAAUUUUAUGUCUAUUACUGUGUUUUAAUGGGGAAUGAUUACUCAUUAAUGAUCACUCUUUAUCAUGAUAUUUACACAUCAAAAGCAUCAGAUUGUAAGGGAUUUGUAUUAAUCAUUAAUCUGUUAAAUAUAAUACAUUGACAGAUUUUUUUUUUUUUGAUGAAAUCAGGUAACUGGUUGUAUAAAACUGUUGCUAGUCUACCAAGACUUAUUUAACCAGAGAAGUUGAGCCUGAUGUCUGUGGUCACAAUCUCAGUGCCAGAUGUGGUCGAUGUGAGGAGCUGCAGAGUGCUCCAGCUUGCUCUUCAGUCUUUUCUAUUACUAUCUACAUUUAGUGCAGAUGAAUCAAAUGAAUGUGAGUAAUAUGUAUCUUUGCUCUGCCAUGCUGGCCUGGCACUUUCUGUCUUGUGCCAAACUUUGCUUUUACCUGAGCAUCAAGGGUCCACUCCAAGCUUUACUGGGCCCUGCAGUGCAGAGAUAAUGGUGUUUUUGCUGUAUCAUAGAGAAUGUGUUGACUUAUAUUUCUUUAAAACUACUCUUGUUUAGCUUUAAGACAUACCUGCUUAUCAUUAUGCAUGGCACUUUUUAAAGACUGUUUGGGAAAAAAAAACUUUUAACUUUUGUAUCAUGGCUGGAAAAGGGAUGUGUCAGCCUUGUUUAAUCUUGCCUCUCAAAGGGAACAAGAACACGUCAAUACUUAAGGUAAACAAUUAUGCAAGAUGGGUUGAUAUGUUGUAUGCAUGCAGUGUGAAAUGUGGUAUAUUGUCUGCCUGCCUGAUUUCUGUUCAACCAGGGGGAGCAAAUGUUUUAUUUGAAGAAUUGUAUACUACACCAAAACUGCUUCUUCUGCCAGUUAUUUUACCAAUUUUUUAACUUUUUGUAAAUGGAAGAAUUGUAUUUUAAAACAUCAAGUGACUGCCAAACCCUUACAUUUAUAUAAUACUCCUAUAAUGCCAGCAAUCCUGUCCUCAGUUUUUGCAGCGUAAUGCUUAUACAACAUUGCCUAAUGUUUACAAUGGCCAACAUUAUGGGUCCCUUUGGACCCAUCCAUCAUGCAAUACCUUGGUUUACUGUGUAGCUUUCUCUGUAAAACAUCAGUACACACUUUGAAAAUAAAAAAUGGGGAAAAUUU